CCUAAAUUAUUUUUAUAUUAUUUUAAUCAAUUUAAAUUUUGGUUGACUAGACAUCUUAAAAAUUGACUCUAACAAAAAUUAUAUCUUCGAUAGAACUUUUUCUGUAAAUAAAGUUGUGUAUUGAACAAGUGCCACUAAAAACACUUUAAAUACUAUCAGUUCAUUAUUCGUUCUUUAUGAAAAUUAUUAUAUAUAAUAUGGAGUACAAUGUGUAAUGUGUCAUGUAUUGAUUAGCAAUUUAAGCACUGAAAGCACUUAGCAAUCAAAUAAUUUGAAAUGAUUGUCAUUAAACCUGCUGUGAGGAACACAAACAGUCAAUCAAUGCAAUCAUAAAUAAAAGUCCAAGUACUGAUAUGCUGAUUCGUUGGCGCUUCUUAGUACAAUUCAUGGUUGUAUAAAAGGACAUAGUAGCUACACUGUGAGCAAAGUUGUACAGUGAGAGCCAAGUAGUGCACAUCACAAACAUCACAAUGGAAGUGACCAAAUCACUGGUGCAAGUGCUAACUUUUGGAGUUGUGCUUAUGAUAUUGCAAAUACAGCAACUGGGUCAUGCACUGCGCUAUUCGCAGGGUACUGGUGAUGAAAAUUGUGAAACGCUUAAGUCUGAAAUACACCUUAUAAAGGAGGAGUUCGAUGAACUGGGACGUAUGCAACGUACUUGCAACGCUGAUGUGAUGGUAAAUAAGUGUGAAGGUCUAUGCAAUAGUCAGGUGCAGCCGUCGGUCAUCACACCAACGGGGUUUCUGAAAGAGUGCUAUUGCUGUCGCGAAAGCUUUCUAAAGGAAAAAAUCGUUACACUUUCUCAUUGCUAUGAUCCUGAUGGCACUCGGCUUACCACUCCCGAAAUGGCCACCAUGGAUAUACGUCUGCGUGAGCCAACUGACUGCAAAUGUUUCAAAUGUGGUGACUUCACCAGAUAAGUUUUUCUUUAUCCAAUGUAUAUGAAGUAUUUGGA